CGUGAGACCACUCUAAACAACAAUAAUGAAACAAAACACUAUUCUCCUCAGAUUCAUCAUACUCAUACUAUCCAGUUAUGGCAUUGCCAUAUGUAACCUUUGCUCUACCAACCCUUUCCCCACCCCCCUUCUAGAACCUAAUGGUUCAUCAUCACUGAGGGGGGACCUAAAACUGGAGGGGUACCUUAGCUUUGACCAUAUUGACCAUGCAGCCAAGGACUUUGGGAACACACACCAUUUCCUCCCAGCAGCAGUGUUAUACCCCAAAUCGGUUUCGGACAUCUCUUCGGUGAUCAAACACGUCUCCGGUUUGGGGCUCACUGUUGCUGCGAGAGGGCGCGGGCACUCGCUGCAAGGGCAGGCACAGGCUAACAAUGGUGUGGUGAUCCACAUGGAAUCGCUCCGCAUGCCGCGAAUGCGAUUCCUAACCGUGGGGAACAACUUCUCCUAUGUUGAUGUCUCAGCUGGGGAGCUGUGGAUAAACCUCCUGCAUGAAAGCCUUAAACACGGGCUUACCCCCAAAUCUUGGACUGAUUAUCUUCACUUAUCCAUUGGGGGCACUCUGUCUAAUGCUGGGAUUAGCGGCCAAGCAUUCCGGCAUGGCCCCCAGAUCAACAAUGUUUACCAGCUUGAGGUUGUCACAGGAAUAGGAGAAGUCACGACUUGUUCAGAGGAACAGAAUACUGAACUGUUCAACGCUGUACUUGGAGGACUUGGACAAUUUGGUAUCAUCACUAGAGCAAGAAUUGCCCUUCAACCAGCACCCAAUAUGGUUAGGUGGAUACGAGUUCUAUAUUCAGAUUUUGCCAAAUUUGCCAAGGACCAAGAGGCCCUCGUAUCAUCAAAGGAUUCUUUUGAUUAUGUUGAAGGGUUUGUAGUAAUUAAUAGAUCCGGUCUGGUCAGUAGCUGGAGGUCUACUUUUGAGCCUAAGGACCCGGUUCAAGCCACCCAGUUCAGUUCUGAAGGAAAAACGCUCUUCUGCUUAGAGGUUGCCAAGUACUUCAAUCCAGAGGAGGCUAGUUUUCUGGAGAAGAAGAUUGACAGCCUUCUAUCAAAGCUAAACUACAUAAGCUCCACGCUCUUCCAUACAGAAGUUCCUUAUGUGGACUUUCUGGAUAGAGUGCACACUUCAGAGAUGAAACUCCGGGAAAAAGGAUUGUGGGAGGUCCCACACCCAUGGCUGAACCUUAUGAUUCCAAAGACGAAAAUCCAUGCGUUUGCUAAAGAGGUUUUCGGAAACAUUUUCACUGACACUAGCAAUGGCCCCAUUCUCAUUUACCCUGUCGAUAAAUCUAAGUGGAAGAAGGGGACAUCUUUGGUUACUCCUGAGGAUAAUAUUUUCUACCUAGUAGCAUUUUUGAGCUCUGCAAACCCAUCAUCUACUGGGAAAGAUGGACUGCAACACAUCCUUUUACAAAACAGAAGAAUUUUAGAAUUCUGCACAAAGGACAAGAUUGGGAUGAAACAAUACUUGCCCCAUUACAACACUAGGGAGGAGUGGAGAACUCAUUUUGGCAGCCAGUGGGAGACCUUUGUCAAAAGGAAAUCCCUUUAUGACCCGUUGGCAAUCCUGGCUCCUGGACACAGAAUUUUCCGAAGAAUAUCUUAGUGGACGAGCCCAAUGAUGAAUGAAUAUCUUAGUGCACAGAUCUGUUAGCAUACCAGAAUAGUUAUAAACUUAUAAUGCAUUAAUUUGUUGUGAAAAGUGUACUUCUAGUGUAGAUAGAUAAGCACAUAGAAUAUAUUAUGGGAAGAAAAUAACUUUGCACCAUAACGUUUAAUUUAAUAUUCGGAUCGUUAAAUCAUGGGUGAGUACCCCAAGCCCCAAAACAGGGUCAUUUCUCUUGGAAACUCUACACCACAUAAUUAUAACAAACCUCAGUUUUUGGAUUUGGGGUACAAAAUCAAUUAUUCAACAAAUGGGUAUAGAAUCCUUUAUCAAAGUACAUGACUUGCAAACCCAAAU